UGUCUAGCGUUAUAGAAUCUACCCAUUCGAAUUAGAUUCAUACGGUACAUUUGUCCAUUGACUGUCUCCUGUCUGCAGACUUUUUUCAAUUCAUAAUUUUUCCGAACGUACAGUAGUCUGCUUCAAAGAAACGGAUUUGAUGCGUAAUCGCAGUUGCGUUUAUAUUUUUUUCGUCGUUUAUACCGGAUCAACCCAUAAAGUGAACUGCCAUUUUUAAAGAGCAGUAAUUCAGAGCUUUCGAAUCUGAAGUUAUUUUAUUGGAAUUCUCUAAUUCAUCGAUGCCGACUAAUACCGAUCUCAAACCUCUCCUUCCAACGUUCAGGGUUCUUCAUCGACACGCGAAAAUGACUCGAUUCUGCAUGGCUCUGUUUGAUCUUAGUGGAACUUUACAUGUGGAUGAUCACGCCAUUCCUGGCGCCGUACAGGCGAUUGAUCGCCUACGGCAAACAGGAAUGCCUUUACGUUUUGUCACCAACACAACGAAGGAGAGCAAACGGAUGCUGCAUCAAAGAUUGACAGCUAUGGGUUUCCAUAUUAAUCCCGACGAAAUCUUCACUUCUAUAACAGCAGCCAGGAAGAUCUUGGAAGCCAAGAAAUGGCGACCAUGGUUACUAGUUUCCGAUGAAGCAAUGGAAGACUUUGAAGGCCUUCCCACUAAUGAUCCUGAUGCUGUGGUAAUUGGGCUAGCGCCCGAAAAGCUGAACUACGAGAAUAUGAACAAAGCCUUUAACAUGGUACUGAAUGACGGAGCUCACCUUGUGGCUAUUCAUAAGUCACGAUAUUAUCAGACCAAGCACGGAAGUGCCUUAGGUCCAGGAGCUUUUGUGACGGGUUUAGAAUAUGCGACGGACACGAAAGCUCAAGUGGUGGGUAAACCGGACGCUGCCUUUUUCUUAUCGGCUAUCCCUGGCGUUCUGAGUACGCAUAAGCUGAAUGAAAUUGUCAUGAUUGGUGAUGAUGUAAGGGAUGACGUAUGCGGCGCUAUGAAAGCCGGUUUAUCGGCUAUUUUGGUUAAGACAGGCAAAUACCGCGAAGGUGACGAAAACAAAAUAGAGCCACAUCCCACAUUCAUUGCCAGCGACGUAGUCCAAGCCGUCCAGUAUAUUCUGGAAGAGCUGUGAUUACCGUGAAAACGUUUGGGGAACGCUGCGUUGUGGGAGCAAAGUCCACAUUGGCGCAGUGAUCACUGAUCGAUGAACCUCAACCACUUCCUGUCCGCUGCGGAAUGGGUGUGGAAUAGACGAUUGUAUUGGUUUAGUGGUCUUCACCAGUUUUUGUUAAUGAUAAUGUUUGUGGGUAUUAUGUCUGCAGUUGUUGAAAAUUCCCUUCGGUUUUGUUGAUAAAUUUAAGUACCAUUACUGUUGUUGAAAUGGCAUGGUCUGUGUUUUCGGUUUUGAAGCCGUUUUCGGCACCGUAACUUAUUGGUAUGGUUUGAACAUUCUGAAUUCCUCCUUCGAUAUUUUUACGGCUUAAUUUUAAAUAAAUCCACUGGCACACUGCGGCCGAUAUCGCAUGCGGAGUUUAAAUUAACGCAGUGCUAUAGGCAUAACUGUAUUUUCGUAUCG